UGUGUCGCCUGUUGCUCCUGUCUCUCUGCUGAUGCCCGUCUGUCGUCUCUUAACUCGUCUGGAUGCAGGAACUGUUUUUUAAAACCACUAAUAUUGUUUCAGGAUUCUCCACCGGAUUAAUAAUCUGCUGCUUCUCCCAGGCAUCCUCCGUGUGAGCUCUUUUUACCUCCGAACCGCACAGCUUUGACUCGGCAGCUCGGCUCAGCAGAUGCGUGAUGUUUUCAGACAGCCGCGGACCAGACGCCAUUUAAAAAUACAGUUUUAUUAUUAAUCGGCUUUUAUAUGCAUAUUAUAAUAAGUACAACGUUGCCACUGAACAUUUCAAGAACAACAGACAAAAAAUAAUUAUUCGGCGUGUAUUAAAGUGGAAAUAAACCUUUCAGAUUUCUGCGUAAUUCCAGUUUAAUCCACGCUUUAGCCGCAUUUUUUGCGAUUAUUCUCAUGAAAACACACCACGGAGGGCGGUAGCUUCCAAUAGAAACCAUUCAUAAAUUUACUGAUAUUGUUUAUUAAGUUAAUAUGGGCGGGGUUUUCAUGAGACGAAUUAUCCUACAUCUCCUCUUGAUUCAUAGCAAUGCGGUUAAAUCGGACAUAUUUUAGGAUGUUUUGUCUUUACAUGCAAACGUGAUAAACGGGUGAAUUUUUAAACACGGGGCUGCGUGGCGUCCGUUGCGUCUCAGCCUGUCAGAAAAUGAGUGGUUUUGGUUGGGCCAGACAGGUGAUUGUUGUCGGUACCGGUUUCAGAUCUGCAGCCGAACGGCUCCGAAGUGUCUCUGCGUGCAGACAGCAGCUCCAUGCGGCAGUGGAAGGGCCGAACAACCGGUGUUUCCCACAGCUGGAGGCUGCAGGUGCUUCACGCUUGGAGGGUUUUCAUUCACUUGCUUGUUUUCUUCAGCGUUAAGGCGGCGACCGCAGCUGAACCCGCUGGUCUCAUUCAGAGCAGCUGGAAUGAUUAAUUAUUCAGUUUACACUCCUUUCAGCAAUCAGUGUGUUCGUCAAUAAAUCACAAAUCAUCGUGAUGUCAGAAUAUCAGAUCAAUCCCCAGGGUUGCGUCUAAUUGCAAGACAUUCAUUAUGGUUCAACAUUAACAUGUCUGUGUACAACCUAUGAAUGAAUGAAUGAAUUGAUGGAUGAGGAGAAAACCAGGAAAACAAUUCCUCUGGUGUUUUAAUCUGUCCUGCGACCCCACCUGCUGCACAUUUUUAAGGCUACAACCCGGCAUGAAAACAUCUGUUCAUGCACCAGUAUCUCUAGUGAGUGGACUGUGAGAACGAGCCGUCACAAUGCCAUGUGUGUAAAGGACCAGUGGUGGUGUUGUAUUCCCAGGCGGGAUGCUGCUGACAGCCAGUCAGUAUGACUCUGCUGGACCUGUGGCUGUCACGCUCCAUCCCCAUGUGCUUGCUCCUUCAGAGCCUUGUCCUCAUGGCCCUGUGCUUCCCCUCUGCCAGCAUGUGUCCCAAAGGCUGCAGCUGCCUACGCGACCCCCAUCUUCAUGGUCUGAAUGUUACCUGCAGUCAGUCUCGUCUCAAAGAGAUUCCUCUCAACCUCCCAGGAAACACUGUCCUACUGAGGCUGGACCACAACCAGAUAGGCUCUGUGCCCGAACAAGCCUUCAAUGGGCUCAGUCUUCUGAGGGAACUGAACCUCUCACACAACGCAGUUGAAAGUUUAGGAGAGAACGCUUUUAGUGGUAUAGAGGGGACUUUGCAGGUGCUGGACCUUUCUCACAAUCACAUCACUAGCGUUCACAAGGAUGCUUUUGCUCGGCUGAGGGCUCGCAUCAUUGUAGAUGACAACCCGUGGCAUUGUGAUUGCGCCCUCCAGCAGGCCAUUGGCGGCAUGGCCCACAAUCAUGAAGCUGCAGCCCGAGUUCUCUGCAGGAGUUCUGAGCUGCUGAAUCAGGAGGGACGAUCUUUCAUGAAAGUGGACAUUGACCUAUGUAACCUGGCUAAAAGGACCACAGACUAUGCGAUGCUUGUUACCAUGUUUGGCUGGUUUGCAAUGGUAAUUUCGUAUGUAGUGUAUUAUGUUCGACAGAACCAGGAGGAUGCCCGACGGCACCUGGAGUACCUCAAGUCUCUUCCCAGUAAGCCCAAGAAACCUGACGAAACUGACGACAUUAGCACCGUUGUCUGACAGCAGAAUCAUCACAAACACGACAAACACCCAAAUGUUUAUGUAACAGGAAAAACACUCGUAGUGUUUAGUAUUUCAGAAUGUUAGCCUCUGUGGGCAUCAAAAUGUUUGUAUUUUUGGUACUUACGUCAUUUAUCUUUACCAGGGUCAGUUCAGUGUUUGAUGUGAAAUGAGAUGAGCUGUGAAACUACAAUUGCAGUUUUUUUCUGCAAGUACUAAAAGUAUGGAUGGAGUUCUGAUAAAAAAAGGAAACUCAGGUUAAAUAUUGACAAGCUAAUGGCUUUUAGAAAUAAUUUUAGAGAUGCACAGAAAACAGCACGAGUAUGUCUACUCGUAAAAGAGGUCUGAUACCUCAGUACCAAUAUCACUACACAGAAACAUUCUGUUGAUUUUUCAGUCCAGGAGGAUCAGUGUGUAAUGUUGUUAGCCUUAGCUUCGUAGUUCAGACAGUUUUUGGAUCUUCAUGGUCCACUGUGAGAUACCACGAUACAAGCUGUUUAUUAGUACUCAUGUCAAUACCUGGUAUCAGCAAGUACUCCAGUGCAAGUACUUGUCCUCUAUACAAAAAUGUUGUGUCUGUGCAUCUCUAAUAGAAUAAAAGGUUAGUUUGAGAAAUGUGGCACUAGUACUCUCAAAUGCCGUGUUGCAGAGAAAAAUGAGCCUCUCUGUGUUUCUGGCAAUCAAAUGGAGAUAAUUUGAUCCAUAGGUGGAAUUUCUUUAAUUAUGAUGUAUUUGUACAAGGGGUGAAAGUAACACCACUUUCACUGUCUCUCAUAGCCUUAGACUUUUGUGGCCUGUUUUUAAUGUAUUUAACACAAACAGUACGGGCUUGAAUUUCAUAGAGGAAUUUAUCAGAUUUCAGAUUUUUCAAAUUUAGAACCAAAUUUUACGACAACGCUACAUUAGCUGAUUUCUGUAGGAGAAGAGGAGUUUUUAUCUAAGACAUGUGUUGGAUUUAGUCUGAGUCCAGUAAUGCUGUUUUUAUGUAUCUCAUUUUAUUUUCCUGGGAAGAUUUUCAUUGAAUGUUAGUGUUCAACUCUGAUGUAGCGUCUCUUUUGGCAUUCAGUGCUUUUUCUCAUUUUUGGAUAUAACUCAACAUAGAUUGUGUAAAAGGGGACUGGUAUUUACUCAGAGCAGACCCCACCCUAACCCUGUGGUUUACGCACACUGGCUGUGAAAUGUCAGAUUGGUUUGUAAUGAAGCCAAGGGCUGUUGUUCCACCAGGAUAUAGUCAGCAGAAAAACAACCCAAAACAUUUUUACUGUUUAGGACACACACACACACACACCCACGCACACACACACAUACACACACUGAUCUUAAACUCAUUCACAGCCAGCCGUUUCCUGAUCAGUAAAGCCCUUCGCUGCCAGCGUUUUUACUGUUUUUUUAAGAGUCACAGAACGUUGCACGCUAGGAUGAUGGCAACGCCAAAACUACCAAAAGAAAGUAGACUCACCUCUUACAUCAGGAAGAAUCCGCGCGUUUCGAGCGUUAUCCGUUCUUUCAUAAUCCGUUGUCGAAUUGUGAUCGGCAGACGCUUUUCCGGUUUGCGUCUCACCUAUUUUACAGCAGCGGCCCAAAACGAUCUGACACAUGGAUUUUCUGCUUCCUGAUCACAUGACGUGUGAUGUAUGCGGAUGAAGAUCGGCUUUAGAGCUGGGAUGUCUGUUCUCAUGGUGUGGGGGCUCGUUCCGAUACCCACAUAGUAAAAACAAAAAAAAAAAGCAAAUGACUUUAGUCGUCAUUGGCAGUGAAUGAGUUAAAUAGAGUGAUUUUUAGGAUGUCUCAUUCAAAUGCAGCUAAUGUAGAUGUUGAUUUCAGUGACCUAGUUGUGCUGUGUAAACGCCAGUUUCACACAGCAGGUCUGAGCACAAGCCCACAAAGACAAAUUUUUGUACUUCAAUAAUUAGAAUACUGAAAACACAUUUUUGCCAGCAAUGUGUUGCUAUACAAACUUCUCUGGGGGGGAUAGAGUACUCUUACUGUACUUUAGGAAUAAGUUGGGUUUUCUACCUUACUUAGAGAAUCAUGUUUACAUAGAUCAGUGUUACAGUGAACAGAUCACUUGAGGACCAUGUCAGUAGUUGAUACGCUAAAGUGCAUCGGCACUGGAACGUGUGUGUUUGAGAUUUUGGAUAAGCUGGCUGUGGUAAGAGCCAACAGGACUCUUUGUUUUUCAUUUUCAGUUGGUUGCUGCAUGUAUCAGUUUGCUGUCACUUUAUCAUCAACGCUGCAUGUUAGAAUGAUAUCAUGCUGUUGCUAUGGGUACAUCAAAAAACUAUGUAGUCUUCAGGCAAUCUGCAAGCCUUCCACAUCAGAUUAACAGUGUGAUUUCCAGGUUGCACACUGCGCAGAAGCACAAACCCGCAAGCGCAAGGUGAUCUGCACUUCGUUCAAGUAGGGUAAUCUGUACAUGACACAAAAACACAAUAAUGGUGGACAUAGUGAUGUUGAACACUCUGCUUAGUGAGUGGCUCAGACUGAACCAGGAAAAUGUAGGCAGCAAGGUGGAUAACCCAGGGACAACCAGUGAAUGAAACGGUAAUUCUGACAUGUCUCAGUAUCCCAAUCGAAGUAGAGGGCAGCCAUGGACUUGUUACAAAUGAAAUGGCUUGAAACUGCCAAGACGAGCAUGAGUUGUAAGUAAUAGGCCCAGUAAAGUUUUUGACUUUAUUCUACCUCUUGUGGCAAUUAAAGGGGUCCUAGAACAGUUUAUUGUUACAAUUAGAACACUGCAACCGAAACUCUGUGUACAGUAGCAGAAUAACUCAGUAAGCAAGCUAUGGGUCUAUCUGGCAUUAAUUCAAAGUCUGAAUGAUCCCAGUGGACCCUGGAAUGUUAGUGGUGCUCCAGCAUUCUUUGUUGUUUUCCCCUCGUCCAACAAGGGCGUUAGCAGUAGCUCAAGGUAGCAUUGUUCUGCAGUUAGCAUUUCCAUGACCAACGUUAGUUGCCGAUAUUGAAGUGGGUUAGGACAUGCAAAUUUAAAGGGACACGUGUAGCCCAGUGACACAUAGUGCGGUUUUCUAGUAUUCUUUCCUCCUUCCCGGGAAUAACUUGGUUGAGAAAUUUGGUUUGGUUUGGUUUCGCAAUCAUGUUAUUCAGUUCAUUUUAACUGUGUGUGGACAUUUGCCAAUUGACGGUUUAACCCCCAGAGACCCAAAUUUAGAAAACAACUGCAAAAUCUUUUUUAACCUUUCACAUGUUGUUCUAGGAGGCCAGAUAAACGGGCCUAUUUACACAUUUUAACAGCCAAUAGUGUUGCAGAACUGAACAAUAGGACCUAUUAGCAAUGUAAAUGUGGUUUUAAAAAGAAAAAAAAAUGGGGAAGGUUUAUUUUUGUAGACUUAAAUCUGAUGUUGUAAUAUUACAACCGUGGGUCUCUGGGGGUUAACGAAACUUCUCUGUGGUUGAGUCUUCUUAGGCUCCUGCAGGUGGGCUCAAGCCUGGUUCAUGCUUCUCCGUCAGCUCCGCAAGGGACAGACACGCACGGAUUGAUGAAGCGUUUUGCUCUCAUACUUCUCCGUCUCCUGGAGAGUGUUGCAAAGCAAUUGCCCUGCAGGACAACAGAGGGCGUAGCGCUGUUCUGUGGUAUCCUGUCAUGUAUCGGUCCAAGAUCGUGUGUUUAUAUUGUGUUUUUUGUGUAUAUAAGAGACUUUUAACACGGACAUAUUUGUCUCUAAUUCUCCCACCGCUGCAUGCGCUCCCCACCUCUAAACCCACGUUUCCUGUCAUUUCCGUCCACAAAUAAAACGCUUGCUGUGCAUCUUUUCACUCCUCCAGUCACGGGAGGAUGAAACGUUCAUAUUUUUGGAGUUUUUUCGCGAGGUAUUCUUCAAGCUUCUCCGUGUCUGCCGCUAGUUAUCCUCGGCUCUCUUUGCAAUGGCGGCGCUGUAAACAACAGCGGCGUCCUGACCAAUCACAAGCUUGCGUAAUCCGUCUCGUUCGACAGAUGUUUAAAAAAGUGUGCUCGACUCUGUACGUACUUGCGUGCCUGCCGGAGCCCUACGCAAAGACGGAUAAUGGCGUUGCGUGUCUCCGCACUGACGCAGACGGAGAAGCAUAAAUCAGGCUUUAGUUCUGACAGAUCCCCGCAGUGACUCGAAUCGCGUUACACAUGCCUAAGCUUACGACGCGUUAAACCAGCUUUUCUCAGAAUGAACCGUUUCUCCGUGGCCAUAAACAACAUUAAUAAUUGACAUAGGAAAGCAGGUCAGAGACAACAUAGGCUUCAUUAGACACCCCAAGCUGCCUAUACGCAACAAUUUACAAGACGUCUUUAAUCUGUGUUGUAAAGAUAUCAUUUAAGAUGUCUAGCUGCAAAUGAAAAACAUCUCAAGAGUCCAAGUUGUCACUGAUGUCUGGAGCUUUUCUUGGUUUAGUUUCUGAGUCAAUCCAUGACACAUCAAGACACAUGUAGGAUGAGGGUAAAUUCCAAAAACAAAAAGAAUCGUGACACAUUGAGAAGAGCAAUACCCCAGUUACAUCUUCAAAUUUGAGCCACAAACACCACAAACUAGGGUUGGGCAUCUAAGAUAUAAUGCUGAUCUGAUACGCAUCUCGAUACAAAGUAUUCGAUCCGAUACAUUCACGAUACAUUUAAGGCAUUUUGUGAUGCAAUACAAUAGGAUUCACACCCAUAUCACGAUGCAAUGCGAUAAUUCAGCACUAGCUAAUUACAUCAAGUUUAUGUGGUGAUGUGAAAGAUGAUGCAGUGCCAUUGAAUGAGUGUGAUUGCUUAUUAACCAAGUAAAACCAAGACCUUUUUACAAACUGGCUUUUCUCCCAGAGCCCGCGUGUCGGUUUACAGUAGAGGACCACGUUAGAACACAUGGCGUUAUUUCAUCUGUUUCCAAGACAAACAGAACGUAAAAGUGAAAGAUGUACAAAAAAAUAUUUGCACUCCCAACAGAGAGGUUUACCAUUGCACAACAGUAAUUGUGAUUUAACUUUUCAACUAUGAAAAUAAAUUUUCCAAAGAUGUAUUUUGCCACUGAAUAUUCAAAACUUAACAUCGUGAAUUAGCAGUGUUACGCUGCUUUUACUUUGAAACAUCACCGUCACUGUAAACAACAGGCUAACAAAAAUAAAAUAAAAAUUAAAUAAAAUUCCUUAAAGCAAACAGGACACCGUGUGGCCCUUUAGAAUAGUGCACACACUGCACAGUGGUCAGUUAAAGGUUUUUCUUCAGAAAUAUCAACCGAUCAACGUGAUCAGGGUGAAGCAAGCUACGCUGAGCAGUAACUACGUCUCCAGCUGUGCUGAAAACUCUUUCAGCUGGUACGCUUGUUGCUGGGACGGACAGAUAUCUCGUUGCUAAAGCUGAUAGUAGUGGAAGAUCUACUUGCAGUCUCCACCACUGCAACACAUCCCCAUCCAAACCUAAAGUGUCCCUCUCUCUAUAAUUUAAGAUUUCAUCCGUAGCUUUCUCUCUGAUGGUUUUUGCUGGUGGUCUUGCACUCAGGAAAUCUCCAAACAUCUGGUCCAUGGCAGUCUUUUGGCAUCAUGUACAGAAGAGGGCAGAGGAGAGGCUUAUCAGUUCUGCUAAAAAUCUUCCUUUUAUUUAUAGUCUGAAAAUUACUUCACAAUAGCAUCCUCACUAAAUGUGUGGCAUUGUCUCCAUUUAAGCCAACCUGUGUUCCUGUCCUCUCUGAAGGGCUUCUUUUGCUUUCUGUUUCAGCUGUCUGGUCCUCUUCACAUGUGCCUGUUGUCUGGUCUUCAUUUGGCAUUGCUGUGUCACUGCCCUCUUCCUUAAAAAUGCAUAAACGUGGAAAUUAAUGCACAUUAUUCAUAUAUUAUUAGUUUUAACUGCAAUAAUGAUCUUACUGUAAAUGUUCUUACUUCUCCAUUCAUCUGGACCAUGUUAUCUUCAUGAAUACCAUAUCCUUGGCAUCACUGUCAUCCAGAAAAGCCAGAUCUUUAAAACGCGGGUCAAGUGCUGAGGCACAGUUGAGAGUGCCUUCAAGAUGUGUAUAACGGCCAUCGAAGUCCUGCCUGAAUCUGUCUUUCAUGUGGGAAAUAACCUCUAGAUCACGCUCAUCUGGUUGGGAUUGUCUCUGCAAUUUGGCUUGGAUUGGAGAGAUAAUGGAGAUGGUGGGAUUUUUUUCCUCACUGAAGAGUGUGGUUGCCACUUUCAGAGGUGACAUUAAUUUGAUGAUCUCUGGGAUCAGUGUCAUGUCAUCAUCUUCUGUCAAACUCACCUCUUUAUCUUCCUGGACAGCAGGGUAUUCAGCACAACAGGCUGCAGCUCCCAGAAACGCUCCAACAUGUCGAGGGUACUGUUCCAUCUGGUGGAAGCGUCAUGGAUGAGUUUGUGGUUGGGCAGGUGUAACUGUGUCUAUUUCACGCAGAACUUCAUUUGCCUUGGCACUUUUGUGGAAAAAGGAGACAAGCUUCCUAAUUUUCACCACCAGCUCAGAGACUUUGUCCACCUUAAAGGCUUUAUGAGAUGCUAAGUUCAAUGUGUGCGUGAUGCAUCUCACGUGUGGGUCCAUCUUGGCACCAGCACCAAUUCAAUUCAAUUCAAGUUUAUAUAGCGCCAAAUCACGACAAGAGUCGUCUCAAGGCACUUCACAUAAUAAAAAUUCCAAUUCAGGUCAGUUCAUUAAGCCAAUCAGAAAUAAUGUUUCCUAUAUAAGGAACCCAGCAAAUUGCAUCAAGUCACUGACUAGUGUCAGUGACUAUACAGCAAUCCUCAUACUAAGCAAGCAUAUAGCGACAGUGGAGAGGAAAACUCCCUUUUAACAGGAAGAAACCUCCAGAGAAUCCUGGCUCAGUAUAAGCAGCCAUCCUCCACGACUCACUGGGGAUGGAGAAGACAAAGCAGGCACACACAUACACAAUAAUGUGUCUAUAGUUAUAUUGUGAUGUCUUAGUAAAUAUUCUAUUUGGUGAAAGAUAAACUUUAUUGUAUUUAUCCUAGUGGAUCUAUAAUUAAAUGGGUAAACUAGCAGUAACACGUCCAAUGUCAAGUAAAGCAAAAAGUUAUUAUCAGGAGAGGGAGAAUGUUUAAGUGGUUAGCAGCAGUGUGCUAGUCGAUGGCCCCCUCCAUGAGGCCACCACAGCUCAGCAGAACGUCGUUGUAGCUUCUUCUGGGGAGAAAAACACUUACAGAGAAAACAAAGUUAACAGCUGAAAUAGCAGAAAGUAAUACAGUUAAAGAGCAGAUAGUAGAAGAAAGUAGUAGAGUGAAAAGUGGUCAGUGUAUCCUCCAGCAGUCUAAGCCUAUAGCAGCAUAACUACAGAGAAAACUCUGGAUAAUCUAUCCUAUUUAGACGGAGGCAUGUUGGAGGCAGAGCAAGGGAGAGUCAGCCAGGAUUAUGUUUCUGGCGUUAUCUGUGACUAAGGCGGGGGCUCUUCUCUUCGAUCUUCCACUCGCGGCAAACAUCCUGAAGUAAAACGGCUAGAUUAUUCCCUGUGUGAGCCUCGUUGAACACUCUGGUCUGCAGAACGUGGUUUUUGAGAAACCACCCGUCAUCUAUGUAGUGUGCUGUGACCGUUACAUACGAUGCUGUAGCGCACGAUGUCCAGCCGUCCACCGUCUCUCCUGACUUUGUUAUACAGAGCAGGAAUCUGUUCAUCGGAGAAUAGCUUUCGGUUUGGUAUUUUAUAACGUGGCUCCAAGACACAGAGGUGGUGUUUAAAACCUUCAUUCUCUGUUACACUAUAGGCCGAAUGAAUAUCUUUGCAGAUGAAAAAUGCAAUAGCAUCUGUUAUUGCCGUAGAGCGCGCAGAACUGUUAGCAAGCGGGGCAUGGAAAAAACUUUCAAUACUUUUCUCACCACUUUUGGAGCUGGUAGCUACAGGUGAAUCAGAGCAGGAGGCGGGGCACUCGCAGAUACUUUUCACAACAGCACCGUGGCGCCGCUUCAAGUUCACAACAUGCCCUAUAGGUUAUAAAUUGUAAGUCGCUUUGGAUAAAAGCGUCUGCUAAAUAAAUAAACAUAAGUGAGAUAUCAGAUUAGUCGUACUGCCCGUGUAUUUCACAGAUGCGCGGCACAUUUUACAAAUUGCAUCCGUCUUGUCAAGUCGUCCGUCUUUCAUGUAAAAUCCGUAGUGUAGCCACACUUUAAGAUUUAAAACUCAAUGGAGGACAAAUUUUCUCGGCGUCCGACAAGUUUGUUUUUCUCCUCGCGCUUCCUGACAACUACCUUUGGGCGCAUCACUAGCUUCAUCCGCGCAGCUGAUUCAUUGAGUUGUAAUGUACGCAUCUGCAAGUCCGUUGAUUAGGCCUACUUUGUAGAUCGAUUACAUUAUGCACCAAAAACAGGUUGACAACACUUGUUAAUAAAUAAAUAUUCUACAUUAAAAGUUGUAUCUCGCAAAAACCGGUGCAUCUCGAUUUGCUUCCAAAAUUUCAUUCAUCCUCUUCUGCUCUACCGAUGCACGCGCAUCGUGGCGUAUCGACACAUAUCGGUUAAUCUUCCCAUCCCUACCACAAACACAUAAAAGAUGAGCGGUGGAUCUGGUGGAGUCCUACCUACGUUAGCUUGACUUGGUGCAGAAGUUAUGAACUCAACUUUGGCUUUGGGUGUGCAGGGACCAGCAGACCUUAAAGGGACUCCUGCACCUUCAACAGGAUUCCUUGAGGGACAUGAAAUUUAAUGUUCAGAGACUUUAAACGUUGCAGGGUGGGGUAAUUUCAGAAAAGUAGCAAGCUGACCUUCAUGUUCCUCUCCUGCUGUGGUUGGUGUGAAUGUCUUCCAGGAGAGAAUGUCUGAAAACCUUCAUAUUGAUGACUGGCUUUCAAUCACCUCAUCUACUGACUGUAGAUAUGCAAAAUAACUUGUUUUUGUUUUGAUUUCCUUCCUGGUCUGAUGGCACAUUGUACAAACCACUUCCUGUCCAGUAGAACUGGCCCAGUGGACCGGUAUUAGGCGAUUUCUACACACAAGACCAGCAGUUUCCUGGUUUUUGUAGUGGCUGUAUCUAUCCACCAUGAGCAUUCCUCGUCUAUUUCUUUCUGGAAGGAAACUGAUGUUAUCUUCCUUCUUUUUUUAUUGUUUUACACUGUUGAAGAGAAAAAAAGUAAACAUUUAUUAGUUUUAGAAACUAAGGUUUCAGUCAGAAAAGAACACAAAAGUGUGAAAAUCUGAUUUUCAUGUUGAAAUUCAUGCUUUGCAUUUGCAUUUGCAUUACCAAAUUAUCUGAUUUUGGAAAGUCUUAAAUCUUGUUCAAAAUUAGAUUUGUUAAAAUGUAAUGUAUUAAUUUGUAAGAAUACAACAUUUCUUUAUUAAUUUUGUAAAAUUAUUGUUUUUCUAGAAAAAAGAGACGGACAUUUGUAGUCCCACACGUCUUUUCACCUAAAAUGACUUUCGCCAUCGUUUGAAAAUAAGGACUUUUGUGGCAUCAAGAUGUGUAUUCAAAAUUCACAAACAUCAUAUGUGAAAUCCAUGGCACAUACAACCGGGAGUAGAAAAUAACUUUUAUAGCCCCAUUGACUUGCAAUCAUUUCCUUAUUUCUGAAGAACCAUGGUCUGGACGUAGAUGGGCGUGACUUAGGCUGCCUAUCCUACAUGACACAAAACUCCCCCCGACCUCAAACAUUGUGGAUCCUGAGGAAAAUUGGCUCAUAAUGGGCCAAAAGUCACACAGUGUAUGCCCAGCUUAACCCACACUCUGCUGACCAGUUUAACCUCCUUAGACCCAGUUUACAGUAUCUUUUUAAAUUUCACCUACUAAUUUGAAAAGUUCGGGCAUCGUCCAAAUUAACAAUUGAAGCCAGGUAGCUGUGAAUGACACGUGAAGGUCAAAUAAACUUAAGCUUUCCAUUUCGCUGCGACCAAAAAUCAAACGACACUAAAAGUUCUCCACAACCACCGAGCACUUCCUGCUGGUUCCGAUUGUAAAGUGUGGCUGAGAUGUUUAGAGGACGCUGCUGCUGCUGGAUCUACUGUUUGUUCCUGUUGUCCCUAGCCAGCUGUUGAUUAUCAGAGUGAAGCUUUAUAAAUCCGUACUGAGCCCAAACAUGCACAAGACUAAAUGUCAGUUCCAGUGGACUCUUCUUGUUGGUGUUUUUGUGCUUUCUGAAGUCCUCCUGAUGUUUCUAAUGCCUGUUAACGUUCCCCUUUACUCCAUUUCUCUCUGGUCAGUCCAUCUGAGAGAGGCUCUUCAGACCUGACGCCAGGCGUCUCGGUUGUCACCAGCCAUUACAAGCAAGCCCUUUGGCUGCAUGCACCGAUCCACUUUAAUAAUACAGAGAAGUUUCAGGAGAAAAUCAGUUGUUCCACUAAAUAAAAAGACACCUGCUUUACAUUAAAACCACAAAGAAAUUGAUCGUGUCAGACUGUGUUGUUCGUUUUGGUGUCGAUUAUCAAACACUGUAGAGUUUAAGCGACUGAAGGGGAGUGCAGCUGGAGAACUAAAAGGAUGGGAUGUAAAUAGGACCACCAAUGUCUUGUGAAAAACUUGAAAUCCCUUUAAUUUGUAUUUCUUGAAUGUUCCAUCCUCAUCCAGCGGAGACCACCCAGCGUCAGGAUGUCUGUGAAGUGUGACGAAGCACAGCAGCCAAGGACCACCAUCUCUAAGUGCCUGAAUCCUAAUCUCUUCAUGACCCCACCCACACCCCUCUGUGGGAUUUGUUGAACGUGAUAUUUGUUUAGGAUUUUCACUGUUUGGUGAACGUUUUGGUUAGAAGUAAAACAAAAAAUGAAUAGACUGUAUUGAUGUAAAGAGCUGUUCAAAUUAACUGAUUCAUUCUGUAAAAGUAUCACAGUUCUUUGUGCCCAAACAGUCCAGUUUGUACCUUUAGCACAGUCUGCCAUGGCUGUGUUGUAAUAGCAUGUGAUGAAAUAAAGCAGGAAUGCUUUGGAA